CACUUGUGCAACCAGCUGCCUCUCAUUAAGCCUCCAGUAACCUUUCUGUGUCCUCACCGUCCGACCGGUCAAUCCUUGACUCAUUCACUGGUUGUCUGACCCAGCCUUAAGACUUUUCAAGGAAGGCCUGAUUUAUUCUGUUUUGUUUUUUCAUUUAUUAAUCUUUUUUUUGUUAAUUUCCAUUGCCUUUCUAUUCCUUUUUGUUGCAUUUCUUCAGCAUCCAUCUGAAAAGGUAUUUGCAUCUUGCCUUUCCACAUCUUGCGCCGGCAUGUCGCAUGACACACUUUUUUUCUGGAUUUGCCCGGCAAACAUGGCUGAGAAAUUAGCCAGAAAAAGAAGCUAACUUCGAGUUCUAGUCAUUGUUAGCACUCAGAAUACCCGGAAGGACCUUUAGAUAGAUUGCCUCUAGAUUCACUUCUUGCACAUAUUCUUCGGUGAAUUCUUUAUAAUUUCCCUACGUCGGCCGACUCGACCAACUUUCAAUUGUCCAUCAUGGCUUCAAAUCGCGCUCGCCGCAUCGCCAAAGAACUCGCAGACAUUCAUGAUGACAGUCACUCCCAGGUUGCUGUCGAGCCCAUUGGUGGUGGGGACGACCUCACACAUUUGAAGGGAACUUUUCAGGGUCCUCCGGGGACCCCAUACGAAGGUGGAACCUAUCGCGUCGACAUCAGGAUCCCCAACGAGUACCCCUUCCGCCCUCCAGUUAUGAGGUUUGAUACCAAAUUGUGGCAUCCAAAUGUCAGCAGUCAAACUGGAGCUAUUUGCCUUGACACAUUGGGCACGGCCUGGUCCCCCGUCCUUACCAUCAAGUCUGCGCUGCUCUCCCUGCAGUCUCUGCUCAGCACUCCUGAGCCAAAAGAUCCCCAAGAUGCCGAAGUUGCCAACAUGCUACUUCGGAAUCCAAAGGAAUUCGAACGAGUUGCAAGGGAAUGGGCCGUCAUGCAUGCCGGCGCGCCAAAAAAGCAGAUUGGCGAAGGCAGCGGCGGAGCUACAGCGGCGUCCAUCCGCGAGAAAGAGAUCAAGUCGAAGCAGGAGCAAGAGCAAGAAGAGCUUGCCGCGUAUGAGGGAUAUAACAAGGAUCUCAUCGACCGUUUCUGCAGCAUGGGCUUCGAUGUCCCAAGAGUCGUUGCAGCUUUCAAAUAUGUUGGCAUCGACCGGAUGGACGGAGAAGAUUACGAACUGGAGGAGGCUUACAUGGGAGAUGUAACCGCUCGUCUUCUGGGAGAGCCAUGAAAGGUGUUCUGGGGAGCAACAUUACGUUUCUCCCCUCGCCUGCGUCGUGUUUUCUUUUUGCAAGGACCUCCAGUGUGAACUCCAUUAUCCGCACGAACCUUGUACCCCUUUUACGUGUCAAUGACCAUGAAACAGAUCGAUGAAGGUGGUGGAUAGCGAAAGGUGUCUGGCGAACAAAUUUCUGGCGUUUCAGCAGCAGGAAUGGGAGGUGUUAUUGUCACCAUGUGCAAUAUGU